UGCCAUGGCGACGUAAACCUGAGGCCUGGGCCCGCGGAGCCGCGUGCAGCCGCGCGGAGGCUUCGGAGCGAGCGCCGGCGCGCGGGGCCGGUUGGGAUCUCCUUUAGCCGAUGUCAGGUCUGUCGGUGAGCGCUUCCUCCUCGGCCCGGAUGUCCAAGAUCCUGCCUCCUGUGGUCUCCAAGGGCAUAGCUUUCAACAAGAACAGCCCGGAAUCCAUGGACAAUAGCUCUUCAGGCAUUGAAGAAAAAAAGAAACAUGCAAAAAAAGACAAAGGGCCUUCGAUUGAUCCUGAACGGCCAGCUAAUCCUUUUCACAUGUCUGGGGAUGUGGAUUUCUUCUUGCUCAGAGACCAGGAGCGGAGUAAGUCCCUCUCAGAUCGGGAGCAGAAGCAGCAGCUGCGGGUGCACGAGAAGAUGACCUGCUCCUCCAAAGUGUCGGCCAAGCGCACCAGCCUGCUCCGCGAGCUGCAGCGGGAGGACGAGGCGGAGGAGCGGGCGGCCCGCGCCGAGCAGCUACGCAGCUUCCGUGAGCAAGUGGCCUGGAAGCUCUCCAUGACCCGAGAAAGGAAGACGGAGCCCGGUAGCCUCAGCAGCUACAUCGACCAGCAGCGGCAGAUGUUCCUCAUCCAGUACGCCCUGGACACGAAGCGCCGUGAGAUCCAGCGGCUGGACAGGCUGGCGGCCAGGGAGGAGGCCGAGCUGGAGCGCGCGGAGCGGUUCCUGCAGAAGGACGCGGCUCUGUUCGGCGAGUUCCUCAGGGAGAACGACCGCAGCUCCGCGCAGGCCCUGAGCGCUGCUGAGAAGGAGUCCAAGGCAAAGAUGGAGAAGAUCCUCGAGAUCCGGGAUCUGACCACCCAGAUCAUGAACAUCAAAAGUGAAAUCUCCAAAUUUGAAGACACUCUGCAGCAUUACAAGGUCUACAAGGAUUUCCUGUACAAGCUGUCACCCAGGGAGUGGCUGGAGGAACAGGAGAGGAAGCGCUUGGCUCUCAGAAGGGCCAGGGAGGUGGUCGAGGCCUUCAAGGAGAACAUGCUGUUCUCCACGCUCAGGGACAAAGGAACAGAGGUCAAGGGCAAGACGGGCUUCAGAGGUAUGUGGCUGCCCCGGGCUGGAGGGGCCCCGCUGUGGGCUGGGGCGGGUGGACACCCUUCCUCUGCUUCCUCCAGAGGAGCAGGGCCCGAAGAUGUCUGCCAGGCCUCUGCCGCUGGUGCGGCUGCGGCAGGUCCUGUCCAGCACCGCCCGCCACCCGCAGGGCAGCCAGCCCAGUGCGCCCGGCAGGCUGGACCCCAAAAGUGUGCAGGCAGCCCCGGGAGCGCGUUGGCUGUGACAUGGGCCCUGCGCGUCAUCUCCGUGCUUCAGGAAGGGUGGGGCCUGGAGCCUCUCGGGUCUCAGCCCACCUUGUCCCAGCUGCAAGCUGGCCUCAGCGGCUCCGGGGCGGGCAGCACCUACGUGUCUGGGCAGGGUGCCCUGGGGGCCAAGAGGAGGCUGGCAGCACCCCGUCGGCUACGCGAGGAACAGACGAGGGGACGGGGGCAUGUGGGGAGGUGCCCGGCGACACCGGGCAUCGUGCCUCAGGCCGCCCUGACCCCGUGUCUCCACAGGUCCAGCUCUUCCCUCCCCGUGCAGGAGGACCCAGAGAGCGAUGGGGAGGAGCUGGAGCUGUACUUCACGGAGCCCCAGCAGCUCCUGGAUGUCUUCAUGCAGCUGGAAGAGCAGAACCUCUCCCUGGUCCAGAACACCCAGGAGAUGGAGGAGGCCUUGGAGGAGCUGAGCUUCACCCUGAAAAAUACCCAGAUCCGCAUGGACCGGGAGGUGCACCAGCUGAAGCAGUGGGUCACCACGCUGUUGACGUCCAUCGCCAAGGAGGAGGAGACGGCCGCCGCGCUGGAGCUCAAAGCCCGCAUCUUCCAUUUUGGCGCGUACAAGGGGGAUCAGGAGGACAAGCUGCUGGAGAGCCUGAACCGCAAGGUGCUGGACGUGUACCGGCGCUGUGUGGGCAGCCAGCAGGAGUCCAGCCUGGGCCCCGUGCAGAUGCUGGCCGCCAUCGAGCACCAGCUGGACGAGCUGCUCGAGAACCUGGAGCGGGUGCCCCAGGUCCGGAUCGCGCAGGCCGAGAAGGCCAAGGAGAAGGAGCGGCGUCUGAGGCUCCGGGAAGAGCAGGUGAAGAUGCAGAAGCAGCUGCGGGAGGAGCGUCUGCAGCGGGCGCAGGCUCGGGCCCGGGCCGAGGUCAAGAAGAAGAAGGGCAGGAGGCUGGUGUGCCGCUCCCGGCCGCCUGCCCUGAAGAGCGAGGAGGCGUCCAAGCACGAGCUGGUGGACGGGGACAAGGGGGAGCAGCUGCUUUUCUGCACGUAGCCCGUGGGCCGCCUGCCGGCUGAGGAGACGCGGAGCCUGCAGGGUGGGGGGCGCGGGGCGGACAGGCCAGCGCGGGCGCCACACCCCUCGCCCCCCGCGGGCCCUGCGGUCUCACGGGAAAUAAAA